CUCAGCCACCUGGUUUGGACAGAACUGUUGCCUCCCAGCUAACCCAGCUUUUUCUGACUGUUAACCUGGAGUGCCCAUUUUAUGAGGGUCCCAAACUCCUUCCAAAGUAUCAAGUAAAGGCCUUUCUCACACCUCACAGUUCCCUGGAUGUUCACCUCCUCAAAAGGGUGAAGACUGGAUUACUUUAUUUACUGAAAAAAAGAAUAUAUUUUGCAUCAGAGGUAUCAACUCCGUAUUUCUAUACAGUUGAUAUUGAGAUUAAAUUAGAUGAAGAAGGUUUUGUAUUGCCUGCUGCCCAAAGUGAAGAGGUACACAGACGAAUUGCCCUCUGUGUUGAUGGUCAAAAUAGAUUUUGCGUUAAUAGCCACAAUCUGUUGGGAGAAGAAGCUAUUAAACAGAGACACCUUCACUUACUUGGUUAUGAAGUCGUGCAGAUUCCAUUUUUUGAGACAGAGAGUCUACAAAAUUCCAGAAAAAUGGCAGAAUAUCUACACAAAAAAAUCUUUCCUCAUACAUACGGACUCAACUGCUGACACUGGAGAAUAAUACUAAAUCACAGGUUGAUAUCCUGUACUAUAACGUGUAAAUAUUGUGCAUGGAAGAACAAUUCUGUUUUCUAAAUAGCUCCACCUAAGAUAAUUUGAGCUUCUGAAUGUGAGACCUUCCAAUAUUUGGAACAAUUGACAUGUAAAGUAAUAAAAAGCCACAUAUUUU